CGUAUCUGCAGCAGCUUUUGAUUGUUCACAAGCACGUGCAAUGGAUCCCAUAGGUGCAGGAGAUGGAAUGUUCACGAAGCACGAGUUAAGGAAAGCUGAUCGAGAAGAGGCAAAAUUUCCUCUCAAAUUUUUCACUCCUGGUGAACUUGCUGGAGAAGAUGCUCUCGAUUGGGAAAAAGAAAGGGACCCCGACCUCCAGGGCGAGGGCGGCGGCCAAGCGCAGGAGCAUUCCAUGUGCGAAGGAAAACCAGGCUGCUGAAAGUAGCAAGGAUACUGAUGAUAAGAAAGUAGAACGUCCGUGGAACAUCAUACGAAUACGUUUACCACCGAGGAAGACGCUGUCUGAUGCCUCCCCCACCCUAAGCAACAAAGCAAUUCAGACUACUGACAACAUCAGAAGUACGGAAGUACUGGAACUGGCUACUGACAUCCCAGGCAAGCAUCUGAUAACAGCUCCAGAACAAGGUGAGGCAAGCAGCAACUCCCCAAGAAGGGGGCUGUGUGAUGAUGCCAAUAGCGAAACCCUGAGAACGACACUGUCUGCUAUAUAUGACACCUAUAGCUCAGGCAACAAGCUACUGGAUGAGGCCAUUGACAGCACCCUGAGCAAGAACCUGAGAACAUCUGCUAGAGAGCAAGGAAGCGACGCAAGCAGUUACCUUGCAGAUCAGGGACUGUGCGAAGAGGUGAACAACACGAGCAUGACACUUCCUCUAUCAGCUAAGGAAUUGCCUGGAUAUCAUAUCGACAACCGCCCAAGCAAGAACCUUAAAAUCACUGGGGAGCAAGUUGAGGAGGAAAAGAACAUCUCCCCAAGAAAGAAGAUGCUCUGUGAUACUGACGGUAAAGUGGCACAUGAAGAGGGUAACAACCCGAGCAUGACACUUCCUCUACCAGUUAAGGAAUUGCCUGGAUAUCAUAUCGACAACCGCCCGAGCAAGAACCUUAAAAUCACUGGGGAGCAGGUUGAGGAGGAAAAGAACAUCUCCCCAAGAAAGAACAUGUUCUGUGAUACUGACGGUAAAGUGGCACAUGAAGAGGGUAACAACCUGAGCAUGACACUUCCUCUACCAGUUAAGGAAUUGCCUGGAUAUCAUAUCGACAACUGCCUGAGCAAGAACCUUAAAAUCACUGGGGAGCAGGUUGAGGAGGAAAAGAACAUCUCCCCAAGAAAGAAGAUGCUCUGUGAUACUGACGGUAAAGUGGCACAUGAAGAGGGUAACAACCCAAGCUGGGACCUGAAAAUCACUGCUGUGAGAUGUGAGGUAUCUGAUGAGCAAAGCAAUAGACUAACUGAUCUAGGUAACAAAAAUACCCCACAAAAGAGGCUGCAUACCUCUUCAGUACAGGCUAUCAGUACCAGCCAGAACACCUCUGAAGUUAAGCUCUCUACUUCUGUUGGCGAGGUUGUGGAGCAAAGUACAAAUGCUGCAAACACGGAGGUCAUAAAGGAGUAUCAUGAUUUCGAGGGGAAGGUCAAGCGAACUGUACACUUUGACUUCGUCACUGACGAGGCUGCACAGGCUCUGAAGAACCCAAGCAGGAAGGGGGCAACUACUGGUGUAAAGCGUGAGGUGUUUGAACAUGCUAAAGACCACAUUACUACGAGGAAGCUUCCUGAUGUAGCAAAAAACAACACCCCACAAAAGAGGCCGCAUACCUCUUCAGUACAGGCGCGCUCUACUUCUGUUGGUGAGGUUGUGGAGCAAAGUACCAAUGCUGCAAACAUGGAGGUCAUAAAGGAGUAUCAUGAUUUCGAUGAGAAGGUCAAGCAAACUGUACACUUUGACAACGUUACCCACGAGGCUACACAGGCUCUGAAGAACCCAAGCAGGAAGGUGGCAACUACUGGUGUAAAGCGUGUGGUGUUUGAACAUGCUAAAAACCUCAUUACUACCAGGAAGCUUCCUGAUGUAGCUAAAAACAAUGCCCCAAGCAAUAGACCAACUGAUCCCGCUAGGAAAAGCACCCCUCGUAAGAAGAUGCGUGCCUCUGCAGUACAGGCUACUGAUAGCAGCCAGAACAAAUCUGGAAUGAAGGUUUCCACUUCUCCUGGCCAGGCCACUGAUCAAAGGAAGAAUUCUGCAGAUUUGGAAGCCAUAAAAGAGUUUCAAGAGUUUGAGGAGAGGGUCAAACGCACUGUAUACCUUGAUAAUCUCUCUCACCAUGCUACAGAGGCAAUCAUAAAAUCAUCUUUGAGUCAAUUUUGUACUCUCAGAAAGGUUAGUUUUGUGGUGAACUACACCAUUCCCUAUAACAUCCCGCAAUCUGCAUUAGUAGAGAUGGAAACCGAGAAGGAUGCUGAAGUUUUGGUCAGUAUGCUGCAUGACUUCCCUUUUAUGAUGUAUGGGAUGCCAAGGCCUGUUAGGGCAAAGCGCGCUACGGCUGAGAUGUUCAAUGAUUGCCCCCGUAGACCUGGGAGUAAGUUCAAAUUUCACUGGGUGGGCCCUACAGAUCCUGAUUCUGAGAUCCUCAAAAGGUUGAAGUUAAUAUCCAGGAGACAUGAGGUAGAGAACUUGGCAUUAAUCGAGCAUGAACUGGAAGAGGAGAAAUUGCUUGCAGAGCAGCAGCAGGAGAAUCUGAAUUGCAAUUUUAGGAUGAUGGAAACUAUGGACACGGUCAUUCUGUCUGGCAUGGCUAACUACAUAUCUCGCAUUUAUAGCAUCAAUUGGAAUGAGGCUUUCUGAAAAUCGCUGACUGUUCACAGCCCUUGUUCUGCACAGCGUUGGUACAAAACUCCUAAUAUGCGAAUAGGAUCUUUUUGAAGUGUGACUGUUUAACAGCUGAAUCAGAGAGUAGGAUCAUUGAAGUGUUGAAUCUGAGAGUAAGAUUGUUGAAGUGUUGCCGUUAAACAUAUGUACAAUAGGAUCCUUGAAGUUAAAUAUCUCUUUUACAUUCGGGCGUUGCACAAUUAACUGAACCUGGCCUUGGAGAACUUCAUUGCAGAAAGUGCUUGAUUUAGUGACUCUGCAAUAGAAGACUUCUGCUUUUAUGUCAAAUUGGACAUGAAAAUUGAAAUCUGUCAAACUUUUAUCCCUUCUGAAUGUC